UCGCGUGCGGUGAGAUGAAGCGUGGGUGACUGUCACUUCUUCCGAGGCACCUGGCCAGCGUGGAGGCGCAGGCCAAAAGAACCCCCCGCUCGAGGGGCUGUCUCGAGCGCCCUCUAGUGGAGGGGCCUUCCGCCAGCAGCGGCGCGGGCGAGAAAUCGCGGGUGCUGCGCCCUCUGCCUCCUUGUUAACGCCACUGGGUCGGUGACCCACAGCGAUAGCGUUCGGGUCACCAGCCCAGCAGCGCCGGGAAGGUGUUAACACGAGUAAAUAUAUAAUACCCCCCCCACCUCCCACCGCCUCUCUCCAUACAACCCUUCCUCCAUUACGGCUCUGACUGCCCAGUCGUGGCUCGCAGACUCGUGACAACCUCUACUCCUCUCUUAAUUGCCGUGCGCGCGUUCAUUAGCGCCGCGAUCCGAGCCCGCCGGCGGUUGUUAUCAUCGUUGUUGUUGUUGUUUGCUGCUGCUGUUGUUGUUGUCCUACGCUCGUAUGCAUUUAUUUUUAUUCAGCCGAAAGCGUGGGAUUUUCGACCGCAGUGCCUUGUCCAAGUGCACUCCUGCUGCAAAGUAGCCUGCUACGACUGUUGAAGACGUCACGGCUGUAACGGGAGACGAUCUCCUCGUGCACCACUUGCAGAUCACGACCUGCCACUCACUAAUUUGGGCAUCUUUAAGAGGGAGAGAGAGAGAAAAACACAUCCAAGGCUUCGGUGGAAUUCCCGAAUUGUUUGAUUUCAUUGUUUGCGGUUCGAAAAUAUGUGCGUUUAAGCAGGGGGCGGUAUAAUCUGCGUGCCAGACUCGAGGCUGCGGGGGAAUCUCAUCUGGGCGCCAGAUGAGUCGGAAAACUGAGCCGACGGCGUGGACUGUGGGAGAAAAAACAACAACAUCAUCAUCUGAAACAUCUGCAGCAAGUGCUCGGAUUAUUAUCAUUUUGGUGCCGUUGAUUGGCAGCAGUUUUCCCAACACGCAACGAAACGCGAGGUUUUAUUGACAUUGGAGAACCCGACUCCUCCACGCAUCAAUUGCUACCGCUAGAACAAUUUUUGUGUUUACCCCCCCCCUCCCCCGCAAUAUUUGUUUUUAUUUGUGUCAACAUCGCAAGGCAAUUUUAGAACAUCAUGGAGCGGAGCGGCAGUCACGACUCCAAGCGGCCACAGUAAACACGGAGCGCUUGCCUCUGCAUUACUGCAGCAGUAGCAGCGGCAACAGCGCAGCUCCCUGCUGCACCUGCGCGUGGCGUGGAGGGAACUGCGCGUUAGGGCGUCGGAUGCGGCUGCUUCACCUGGCGACUGGAGUCCCUGCCGUGCCGGGUUCCUCGCUGCCUUCACGUCAAAGGGGCUCGACUCCCAGCCAUGGUGCAGCCGCGUUUCCUCGUGUUGUUUGGACGUCGCCGCGGAUCGAGCCCUGUUCACCCCGAGAUCAGCAAUGCCUCACUCGCCCAGACGAUCGAGAAAUGUGAAGUUGAGACGAAGCCCGAGAUGGCGUGGCCAGCAACAAAAAAGGCCACGGAGCGCUCGCUGCACGGGGAGAGGACGCUGCGCUUCAGCGAGGCCGUGCAGGUCACCGAGGUGCAGGACUACGACCGACGCUCCGACAAGCCCUGGACGCGGCUCACGGCAUCCGACAAGGCUGCCAUCCGUCGAGAGCUCAACACCUACAAGAGCUGCGAAAUGGAAGUUCACCACCACAGCCGCCACCUCACCAGGUUCCACCGGCUGUAGCUGGCACUCGCCCCCAAGUGACGUUUGGUGACUUCGGGUGUCGUGACGAUCCGGUGAGGAUGACGAUGGCACGACGGGGUUUCAACCGAGACCCGGCAACUAAGGAGAGCCGGUCGACCGGAGGACAGGCGUCGAAUCGGUGCCUUGCCACUCAAGUGUCGGAGGAUCUGGCGUCUGCCCAAGCGCGGUGCACUCUGCGGCAGAGUGAUGCAUGCUGGGAUUUCGAGGCUACUGUGAGGUUUAUAAGGAGACGCUUUGGCACGCUGAUGACUUUACAGUGGCCCCUUUAUUCUGGCACUAACCGAUAGCCACCAGCAUCUUUGACUCGAAGGCCGCCCGUUGUAAAUGGCUCUUAACAUGCGAGCCCCGCGAUUCUGAGAAUGAUCUGAAUGGUCAUUGGGAACGUGGCAGUAGCUGGUGGAUCAGUGGCCUGGGCCCCUCCGUGGCACGUAGGCCCCGGUGCAAGUAGCUGCACUGCUCGUGCACUCGAUAGCUACGCCACUUUGGUGAGCAGAACAGAUCUGGGCUCACUCGGCGAACGGCACGUUAUUGCCAAUUGAGAGACUCUGCAAUGUGGGUUUACAUAACGUAUGAAUGAGGCCAUACAAAUGGGGGAAUGGAAGCAUCGGGAUCGUUUGAAAAGCGAUUCUUUUGUUAUUUUGGAUGGGAGGAAAUGAGGGGUGGAGUGGGUACUGAGACGACGGUGCAGUGAGACACGUGGGUGAAAAUUUGGGGUUGAGGGCCGGUUACCGAAACCCGGCAUUGGAGCGGUCUCCACGAGUCUGGCGACCAUGGGGAGGAGAGAAGACCUCGGCGUAGAUGGUGGGAGACGGCCAGGGCAGGUCUUGGAGGUCGCUGCGCUGCGUGUCUCCCGCGCAGCAGCUGCGAGAAUCUGGCAGAGGGUGGAAGAGGUGUGGUGACAUCGGGUUCGUCUAUAGAUGGGGGAGUGGGGUACGGGGCCCAGGGCAAUUCACCUCGCAUGUACCUCCCCUCCCUCCACGCCUUCAAACUAAACCGGGAGUAUAACCAUCCGACGGCGUGAUGACGAAGUGCGGAACUCCCCAAAAGCGCGGGGCCCGGGACGGUCGCCGCGAUUCGCCGUAGCCCUCGGGGUGGCUCUGGGUGUCACCAACGCCUUUGGCCAUGGCGACGCGUUUAGUGUCGGCGGUAGACGGACGAGGCUGAAGACGGCUGCGUGACGAGAGGCGGUCACGGGCAGAGGAGGAGAGGGAAGCUCUGCGGGUCCUUUAGUUAAUGUCGGGUGGUUUGUUUGUAAUUUCAUUGCGUGAUUGUCGUAGGAGGCUGAUCAGAGACCAAAAUUGGAGCAAAGUUGUGUGUGUGUGUGUGUUUUGUAUUCGGUUAAAAUGCCAAACGGAGCACAAGGGGAGUAUUCAGAAUUUCCGCAGUACAGCUCGCCGGGUUUCCCCGUGAGGGCGCCGUGCCGACCCGCAGCACCUUUGGCUCGGCGCGUCGACUGUUCAUUGCCUUUCUACUCGAGGUGAAGAUGCCAAAUGAAUGAGUAACCGCAGUUUCACGCGUUGCUUUUUGUUGUCGUCUUUCAGCAAUUCAAUGUUUUAAAUAGAUCCGCGUGUGCGCGCGUGUUUUCUUACGACUGACUUUGUAAAGUUAUAAUAAUGGAUGUUUAUUUUUAUGAGUCCUGAGCAGAUCAUAAUUAUAAUUAUUAUUACGACGGUGCUGCUUUUACUAAAUGCGUAGGUUUUAUCGGUCGUGUUGUACGCCUAUCCGAUGCGUUGUCGGGUUCUACCGCCUGCUGCUUGGCACGCUGUCCAACGUUUCGCACCACGCGGAGCAAAACGUGCUGGGAGCUGCUAUUCAGUCCCUGAAGAAGCUCCCAGCACGUGCAGCGAAACGUCGGACACCGUGCCUAGCAGCACACAGAGACGCAUCGCGGUGCUAUGAUGAUGACGACGUAUUUAAUGAGGCGCUCUCUCUGAUGUCCAUGUCUGUCCGCCGCUAGCUUUUGUACCGAGACCGUGAUUUUGAAAACAGCUGACUACUGGAUUCGUAUUCACAUCUUACGGACAAGAGCGAUGAUGUGCAUCACGUGAUCCAAGGUUGUCCUGAGUAGUAGAGGAUUGUUUUGUAUCACGGUGUAUAACUGCAAUUUACUACAUUGUGAUUACAAUCGUCGGUAGGAGUAGCAUUCAGAAUAAAAGGCAAUCAGUUUAUCGCAUUAAGUUAGCAUUCGACGUAAAGUUUAACAACCAAGUUUGAUAUAUUGUAUCGGAAAUGAGUUAGAAAACAACAUUUUUAGAGAAAACUUUAAACCCAAUGUUCAGCAUUGUAACUCCCGCUGUCGACACUUGUCAUUGACUCAAGUGCCUUUUUGAGGAUUUCUAAAACGUGGCACGUGUGUGCCCGAUGGCUUAUAAACUUCGACGUCUCUUCUCGGCUCAA